AUGGGCUGGAUCGAGUACACGAUCGCUACCAUAUAUGGUUUCGCGUCUGUCCUACUGUACUUCAUAGCCGACUACGUCAUCGUUCGGCACCGAAAGAUCUUCGACUCGUCCUUCUUCCAGCUAUUCUUAUAUGAAUCCGCUCUCAACCUUCUGCUUUAUUCCGUCAACUACUUCUCGAUGCGAGUCAGUCUAAUUGCUUCUCGUGGCUCUGUUCUGGCGGUGUUCUACGAGGAGCUUGGUGAAGAUUUCCUUUUCUUCCAAAAAAGUAUGGGAUCAAUAAAAUCUUUCAGACUGGGAUAUAUUUCUCAGCUUUGUGUAUGGAAUGCGAUAUCAUAUGGCCUACGUUCAGUACACUAUCAUUAUGCUGAUUGCACUCAAUCGUCUUACUGUCGUCAAAUAUGAUCUUGAGAAGGUGAGAGUAGCAAAAUGUAUUCAGACAAUUUAACCAUCCCUUUCAGUAUUGGAGGAGUUACUGCUGGAUUGCAAUCCUCGGUACUUUCUUGAUCCCUCUCAUAAAUACCCAUAUAGUGUUCAAAUACACUUGUAGAUUUGCAUAUAAAGAAGCUGAAGACGAUUAUUCUCUCACAACCACUAUGGUUCGUAACUGACUUAUCCAAUGAAUGACAAAUCAUCAUUACAGCCAGUCAAAGACAUUUACGAAUAUCUCCUGCCUUACAUGGUUCUUGCUUCUGUUCUCGCUUUCAUAUUGAACACUAUGAGUUAUUUCACGGUGCAAAGUAUGACCACAUUGUCGAAAAAGCGAGUCAACGCGAACUUCAUCAAACUAAUUGGCAUCACUUGCCUUAUUGAAAUCAUUGGAACGGCAAUAAGUGUGUGUUUGUACCUCAAAUUUGCUCUGCCUCAGUGGUCAUUGAGCUUUCUCAAUGAGAUUCUUCCGUACGUCAGCGAGAGUUUGACCCUUUUGCAACCAUGGCUUCUAGUGAUAUUCAUUAUGCUUUUGGCACAACAUUUCCAAUUAUUUGUUCAGAUGCGUGACAACAUGAGACAUACUCUGGGAUUCCCUAAAAAGUCGGUGGCAGUGUUCAAGAGUCGCUCACUGACCAGCUAG